AUGGAGGAUUUCAUUGAACAAUGUUUUGAGGAGCCUUUGGUAAUUGAUGAGACGUACGAGUUUGAUGCCUUUUCGUUUUUCGAUUUUACGAGGCCGGAAUCUGAUUCUGAGAUUGAGGAGGCUGAGCGCUGGUUUGAAAUUUCUGGAGAUUAUCCCCCCUCUCCUUUCAUCGUGAAGUUGAAUUUGGGAAAGGUGUUUUCUGUGGACGUUGUGCACAACUCUUCGAACUCAAAAGAUAGCAAAAAGGUGAAGCCAAUGAGCAAUAGUUCAGAUGUUGAUGGUCGAUACGGUGCCUGUCCAUCCAAAAAGAAAACUAAAGGAGCGAGCGGGCACAUAUUUCUGGAUAGUGCAAAAACGAAAACCAAAUCAGCUACUAAAUUAUGUCAAUCAAGGAGUUCAACCCUAAUGAGACCUACAGCUAGUCAUUUGGCAAAACAAAAUAAAUUAGAAGAUACAUGUUCGAGCUGUGUCCGUACAAGGUUCCAAAAAAACACCGUCAAGGUUGAGGAAAAAAUUACGCUGAGUCCUCUCAGAUUUGAUAAUCUUGCAACCAAGAGACAAAAACUUGAGAUUGGUUAUUUGCGGAAGGUUACAGUGCCUAAAGAACCAGAACUGGAAACGCUGUUACGAGCACAAAGGCGGAGGUCUAAGAAUAGUUCUCGGUCAAGUGAACAUGAGAAACCAAAAGCAUCUGCCUUUAGAGAACAUCCAUUGAACAGAAAAAUUUUGCAGGCUCCUUCGAUACCCCAACCUAAGAAGAAGACGGAGUUUCAAGAGUUUCAUUUGAAGACCAUGGAGAGGGCAAUGCAACAUGCAUCUGCUAAUGUAUCAAAAUCGCAUAAAGCUGCUUCUCGUGUACGAAAUGGUGGUGCAGACUCAAAGAGACCAAACUCUAGGGAGACGUUGAAGCCUGAGAAACAUGGCACUUCACUUAAUUCUAAAUCUCAAAAGGUGUUUCCAAACAUGCCCGAUGAUGAUUUAGUUCAAGACGUUAAACAGAUUAUUGUCGACUCUCUGCAGGAAUUCAAGAUUGAUUAUGAUAAUAGUCUCUUACAGAAGUUACCAUCGGAAUUGUUCAAUAAGCUUUCCCUGCAAUCAGAUAUUGAAACCAAUAAAAUAUCUCAGCUGAAGAAGCAUUUGUCGAAUAAGGAGUCGAAGGAGAAUGUCCCCGGUUCUUCCCAACCUGAAUUCUGGAAAUGUCAUGCGAAGCCAAAUCAAUGCGGAGGUCAGAUUAUAGUACCAGAAACUGAAGGAUGGUCCAACAACAGCUUGUUUUAUCCUGCGUGCAAUAACAUCAAUAUUGUACUGUUACAGACGCUUGGGAAUCAGCUGAAUAUUACGAACUUUGAAAUUUUAGCCAGCCCUAUUUUUAUCGAGCAUCAGAGGCUAUUGAAUUCAGAACCCCCAAUGAUAUUUUUAACUGAAGUGCUGGCUGCUGGCAAUGUGGAGCUUCUUUGGUAUUCAGGUGUCUAUCUUUGGUUCAUAUCUGGAUAA